AUGCACGGUGAGUUGACUGCUACUAUGCACGGUGAGUUGACUGCUGCUAUGCACGGUGAGUUGACUGCUGCUAUGCACGGUGAGUUGUCUGCUGCUAUGCAUGGUGAGUUGACUGCUGCUAUGCUCGGUGAGUUGGCUGCUACUAUGCACGAGGCGGAGGCCAAGCCCAAGUAUUCCACCUACCUUCAGCUGGACCUUGCGACCGUGGAGCCCUGCGUCUGCGGGCCCCGCAUCUCUGGGCCCGACAUCUCUAGACGCUACUGGCAAGCCAUGGGCUUCGGCAUCCCCAAGGACCAGCAAGGAAAGAGUGUGCCGGUGACUCUCGAGGAAGGGGUGCAAAUCGAGCUGAAGCACGGAUCCGUGGUCAUUGCUUCCAUCACCUCCUGCACCAGCGCGCUCAACCCGUCGGAAAUGCUGACAACAGCCCGGUUGGCGAAGAAGGCGAGUGAGAGGGGGCUCCAAGUGAAGCUGUACGUGAAGACGAGCCUUGCCCCUGGCUCCAACGUGGUGACCAAGUACCUUGAGGCCAGUGGUCUCCUGCCAGCUCUGGAGGGUCAGGGCUUCUACGUAGUGGGGUAUGACUACACCACGUGCAUUGGAAGCUCGGCAGAGAUUUCAGAGUCUGUUACGGAGGCCAUUUCUGACAACAGUCUGGUGGCAGCAACAGUGCGGUCUUGUAACUGUACCUCUGAGGGGCAUGUGCAUCCUCUCUUUCGAGCUAACUACCUUGCAUCACUGCCCCUCGUCGUGGCAUAUGCGCUCGCUGGCACGGUGAGUGUUCAGUUUGCUGGCUUGCAUUUGUUUGACUUAUGA